GGCCAGGGGGCCCAGGCAGUCCUGGGACCCGCGGCCAUGGGUGAGCAAACCCACUACCGAGCCCAGCUGUGCUCUGGCACCAACCCCAGGAAAUGCCAGGAACUAGGAGACUCAAUUCUUCUGAUCCUGGGCAGCUUCAUCUUGCUCAACGUGGGGAUCAACGUGGUGACUCUGCUCUGGAGGCAUCUGAAGAGCUCCUUGCGGACACUCUUCCGUCACGUUUUCCCCAAAGACAAGCAAGCCAGCUGUGUAGGCAGCCAUCGCAUGUGCAUGCGCUGCUCCGUGGAUCCCAAGAACCUGUGCUCAACAGUUUCUUCCCGCUUCCGCCAUCGCCCAAGCUUCCUGCUCGGGCACCCAAACCACCUUGACUCGUGGAUACCCGACACAAAACAUGAGAAGGCUUCUGGGUGCUGCUGGAUGCCGCCUCAGUGUGGACGGGCUGGGGCUCCCAUGGAGGCUCCACGGGGACUGUGGAAGGAGAGGGUAGUGGGAGCUGGCGAGGCCCCUCUGGUCACAGCCUUAAAGUCCCGAGCCACCUUUUACUCCAGGCAAGAGACAUCUUCCAAGCUCCGCAGGAUGAGCAAGGUGGACGUGCUUCCACUCCGCCUGGCCCAAGAGAGCAAGAUGAAGAACCCAGACUAUGACCCAGCCCAGGCCGCAGCCCGGGCCCAGACCCGCCCCCCAGUUCAGCCCCCUGUGCAUGCUCCUGCCAAGGCCCAGACCUUCUCCUCAGCCCACCCCCCUGAGCAUACCUCAGCCCAUACCCCAGCCCAGGCCCAAGCCCAGGCCCCCUCAAAUGCCUCAGCCCAGUCCCUGGGCCACACUUCUGUCUGCACCCUGACCCAUGCUCAUCUGACCUAUACCCAUGCCAACACUCUGGUCCCUCCCCCACCUUCGGCCCCAGUCCCUCCCCCAACUUCUGCCCCUGCUACUACUCCUGCCCUAGCCCCUACACCAGCCCCUGUCCCGGUCUCUGCCACAACCUCUGUCCCAGUGCUGGUCAUGGCCCUGACGACCACUCCAGUCCCUUCCACCACCCCUACCCCCAUCCUAGCUUCUAUUCCCUCUACCUUGUCUGCCUUCAGCCAAGGCCUCUCCUCCGGCCAGGUGGUCUACGAUGCCCGCAGGGUAAAGCAGAACGUGGUCCAUGUGUGUCCCCCUCAGAACUCGGGGUACUCCAGAAAGGACUUGGGUACCGUCUCCAGGCCCCAAGAGGGGCAUGGUCUGGUGAGCUCUGGUACAGCUGAGCAAACACUGAAGCAAUGUAGUGGGGACAGUGCCAAGCCCUCCACAGGAUCCAUACUGGGUUACCUGGAGUUGGGGAAUAUGGAAUGGAAGAUCUCAAAUGAUGCCAAAGACAAAUUUGUGCAGUCCAAGACCUUCCCUUACUGCAGCUUCCAUCCUUGCAGUUCUGAGAAGAGAAACACGGACCCCCAAGCUCCAGUCUACCCCCAAUUCCUGGUGUACUCCAAGGAUGCUGCACCUUCUCAACCUUGCUUCCAUUCUCCAACCAGUGCCCAGAGCUCACCAUGCGCCAUGCCUCCACCAUGCACUCUUUCUCUGCCUCUUGUUUCUCCCAGAUCCUUUGUCCUUCAUCAACACAGCAACCACCAGAAGCCCUCCGCCUUAAUACAACCCCCCACCUUUCCCCCAACCUCCAAGUCUCCUCCGUCUGUCCUCUCUUCCCAGGGCCCCAUCCCUCCCCAGUUAUCCACGACGUCCCAAACCCCAAACCAGCCCAAACCCCCUGAACUUCGUGAGAGUCUAGGCCUCAACCAAGGCUCUGUCCUCCAAAGGGCCCCAGGCCCUGCAAAAGGCUGUAGCGUUCCCAGAAACCCAGGCCUUACCCCAAAUCCAGGCCUCCACAAGAACCCUCUAGGAACUGACUCUGUCCAAGCUUUGGGCCCACAUCAGACCCGAAAGUUAUUUACAUCUGAGGCAGUUCCUCGAAAGGAGGAUGCAGGGCAGCACAGACCAUGGACUUCUGUCCCACCCAGUCAGAACUCCUGCUCUCCCAAGGCUCAGGUGACCUACAAUGACCUGCAAACCUUCUCAGAGGUACCUGUGCUGAUUGAGCUGCAAUCAUCCUCCCGGCGAGCAGGCAGCCAAGACUGGGUGUACCACCCCAUGGAUACAGUUCCUCCAGCCUGCCAGAACUAUCGCCAGAUGUCUACGCCUCCCAAGACCAGCUGGAAGCCCUACUGUCCUGGGUCAGGCAGCCGGCUAGGGCAUGUGGUCUUUGACGCCCGCCAGAGACAGUUCAGAGCGGGCAGGGACAAAUGCGAAGCUCUGUCUCCCAGGCGCCUUCACCGAGAGACAUCCAACAACUCACGGAGACCAUCAAGGAGUGGGGAUAUCAGGGGACAGAUAUGCAUGAGGAAUAAAGAGACAAGCGAAGUGUCCUGUGGUUGUGUGAGGACAUCCACCCCAGCCCCAUCCCACAGGGCCUGAUGAGGACCUAAACUAUCCCUGCUUUCCCUCCAUCGCUGUCUAGCUAAAUCCGUUCUCCCCAAGGCCCUAGAGCUGCAUUGUCAAUUACAGUAGCCACUAGCCAAAUAUGC